CAUACAAAAACUACCCAUCAAUAACAAUCUUUAAUUUACAUUGAAAAAAUCAUUUGAAACCCAAAAAGAAAUAGAAAAGUUCAUCUUUGUACUUUGAUAGCAUCUAGAAUGAGUGAUUAUUUUAAAGAUGGGCAUCAUUUUUUAGGCCAACAACAAAAGCCAACAAUAACAAUCCCACCAAAGCCAAUCAAUGAUUCUUCAUCAAAUCCAUUCACCGGAGCACCAUCACCGGGUCCGAGUUCAUUGACGGGUCUUUUUGGUUCCGAUCCGUUUCAGGAGAAUGAAUUCCGGUCAUUCUCUGAUCUCCUUGCUGGAGCUUUAGCUAGUCAGUUACCAGCAUCUGGUGACCUGAAGUUGGUGAAUGACAUUUGGGAGAGUAAUCAUCAAAAUAACAAGGUGGAAACUAGAGAAGCGGGAAACAAUGGAAGUGGAUCCGGGUUUAGGCAAAAUAGACCCGGAAACUUGGUUUUGCCGCCUUCUAUACCCGCUUAUAAUAUUUCUCCUGGGUUUAGUCCAUCUUCUUUCCUUAGCUCGCCUAAUACAUUUCUGAUGUCACCACAGCAAACCUUGGCUCACAUAACAGCAUUCUCUCAAGCUCAUAAUCUUAGCAUUCAAAACGACACAUCUCCACUUCCUUCAUCAACACUUAUAUCCUCUUUCCAACCAACCAUGAUCUUCAACGCCGCAACAACGUCGUCUCGACUUCCCGCACAGCAGCCCAAUACCACCGAGCGUAAUAAACCAGCGGCUGUUCUUCAGCACAACAACUUCCCGGCAGCUGUAGAUAAACCAGCAGAUGACGGGUAUAAUUGGAGAAAAUACGGUCAAAAACAAGUAAAAGGAAGUGAAUAUCCGCGUAGUUAUUACAGGUGUACUAGUCCUAAUUGUCCUGUUAAGAAAAAGGUUGAACGAUCAUAUGAUGGUCAUAUUACUGAGAUUAUUUAUAAGGGUCAACAUAAUCAUGAUCGCCCUACGACUGGAAGAUCUAGAGGGAAUAAUAGAGAUGGUAGUUUUUUGGGGGGUGAUAAUAGUGCAUUUUGGUCUGGUGGUGUAAGUGUUAGAGAUCAAUAUGAUCAUAAUUCUGCUCAGCCGAUUUCUAUGCAGUUGAAUGGUCCAAGUGAUAGUGAAGAAUCUGGUGAAUAUUCUCAGCUUAGUGAUGAUGAUGAUGAUGAUAGUCAACCUAAACCCAAGAGAUUAAGGAAGAGCGGAGCAGGACAAUCUGAUGGUGGGUUUACACACAGGACAGUGACUGAACCCAAAAUAGUAGUACAGACAAGAAGUGAUAUUGAUCUUUUGGAUGAUGGUUACAGAUGGCGCAAGUAUGGUCAGAAAGUUGUUAAGGGCAAUCCUAACCCAAGGAGCUACUACAAAUGUACAACAGUGGGAUGCAACGUCCGAAAACAUGUGGAAAGGGCAUCAACAGAUCCAAGUGCUGUAAUAACAACUUAUGAAGGAAAGCAUAACCAUGAUGUGCCUGCUACAAGAGGAUCAAACGCCGCCAUUAACACCGCUAACAUCCACGCUACCGCCCAAAUUAAGCUACCCCGCAACAACAAUGGAUCAGGUCAAAUGAGUUUCGGAACCAACGAUCAAACACCCAUCACUCUUCGCCUUAAAGAAGAGCAACUUGUUGCUUAAACUUCCAACUAAGAUCCCUUUUUUCUUAUUUGGGGUUUUUCGGUUUUGGGGAUGCUAACAAAAUUGUACAUUGAGUGAGCUAGAGUGCAAUUUAACGUGUGCGUACGUGUGAAACUUGCUUCAUGCAUUGCUUGGGAGGAUUGCAGAUGCUGAGUCUAUAACAUAUCUCGGAGUUUUGACUAAAACCUUUGACUUUUAAUAUAAUAGUUGGAGCUUUGGAAUAUGUUAUAUGAUUUUUCUGAUGAGAAAUAAUUUGGUUUCUAGAAGAGAGUACGGAAACAAUCUAGGAGAAAACUACAGCAAGCUAAAAUGUUGUGAUGAGAUUUGCGAGAUUUGGAUUAUGUGUAGUGUGUGAAUUACUAACCAUAAAUUUCUGUCCUGAAUUCAUUUUAAGUACUGGAAUUGAGUGGAACAUUUCUUGUAUUUUAACGCACAAAGAAUAGAAUAGUGUGAAGGUCUGGUAGACCAAAUGAUGUUUUGAUCAAUUUGUAGGACCAACUUCAC